AUGAGGAGGACAGAGGAGGAGGAGAGAGGACAGAGGAGGAGAACAGAGGAGGAGGAGAGAGGACAGAGGAGGACAGAUGAGGAGGACAGAGGAGGAGGAGAGAGGACAGAGGAGGAGGAGAGAGGACAGAGGAGGACAGAUGAGGAGAGAGGACAGAGGAGGACAGAUGAGGAGGAGAGAGGACACAGACACAGAAUCACAGUUUUAUUGUGA